AUGUCUGGUCUCUUUGCUCGUCAAGCUUGGGCUUCUGCCUCUAAGCUCCGAUCUACUGCUCUCCGAGCUCCCAAGACUGCCUUUGCCUGCAAAGUCAACAGCAUUGCUCCCCGACGAUGCUUCUCAGUUUCCAUGAACCUCCUCGCAAGGAAAUACACUGAGAGCCACGAGUGGGUUGACGUCGCCGCCGAUGGCAAGACCUGCACUAUUGGCAUCUCCAACUACGCUGCUGAAGCUCUCGGCGACGUUGUCUAUGUGGAACUUCCCUCUAAGGGCGAGGAUGUCUCUGAGGGCGACUCUUUCGGCAGCGUAGAGUCCGUCAAGUCUGCCUCCGACAUCAACUCCCCUGUAUCAGGCUCUGUUGUGGCGGUCAACGAUCCUAUCGUCGACACACCCGCUGAUCUCGGAAAGGACCCUGAGGGCGAGGGCUGGUUGAUCAAAGUUGAGGCUGAGGAUGUUUCUGCCCUUGAUUCAUUGAUGGACGAGGCUGCUUAUGCUAAGCACCUUGAGGAGCAUUAA